AAAUAUUAAGAAGAUCAAUGAAGCUUAGUGACACACACGACAGUCGCCAACCGCAAAUAUGUGAAGGAAGCAAGUUUAAAUUUUUGUAAACGCGAAUCAUAAUUCAAGUUGUAAAUUUACAAGAGCACUUUUUUUUUUACUCGCCAAUCGAUUUGAAGUCGAUACGUACUGCAUGUAUUUUUACGAUUACAAAUUGUAAUUUUACAACUGGCGUCAAGGAAAAUUUUCCUGUAAACCUUCCUCCUUUUUUUUCACAGUGUGCGAGUACGUUAUUAGUGUAACAGGAAAAUAUCAAGUCUAAGUGCAGCUAGCCUACCCAUUCCAUUCCAACCUAACCUAAAGGCAGUUACGUGCAUUUAAAACCAUUCAUUUGAAACCCCACGGGAAUGUAUGUGUGAGUAUAAAGGUUCCGCUGCCUCCCGCCGUCGACGUUCCGAGGCCACACUAUGGACAACGCCUGCGACGCGCUAGGUAGGCCAACCCGCCAAGCAGCUGUGUGGGGCCGGCGGCCCGCCCUGCCGGCCGUCCACGCGCAAGUGCUAGGGCGAUGUUCCCUGAUGUUUUCCCUAGUCACCUCGGCUCGGUUCCGAGACACGGCACGGCGACUCGUCCCGAGGACUCAAUACGUAUUGAAAGAACAACAAACGCCAGCAUAGGCUUGGCCGCGGGAGGAUGUGGGCUUAACCUUAACGAAUGUGCGGAGUGCGGAGCAUUAUAGGCGAUUAAUUUUACAUCGACCGCGCCCCGCUGUUGCGACGCACAACUUGCGCGCUCGAUGCCGUCUUGGUAGUCCGUGGAACGCACAGCCGCGCGGGACGGGUAAAAACCUGUACGAACAAACGUUUACUCCCUAUUAUUACUUACCACAUCAUCAGUUAUUUUCAUGUAUUUUCAUGCAUUCAUUUCAUGCAUCCCCAUUCUUGUCAUUUUCAAGCAUUUUGAAUUUUCAUCCAUUUUCAACCACUAUCCUAGGACAUCAACAGACAUCCUAAUGCAUUAGCAAGCAUUUUCAUCAAAUUUUCACGCAAUUUCAUCAAUUUUCAACCGUUUCCGACGCAUUAUAAGGCGAACUGUUCGGCACAUCACCGCGUUCUUUACCUCUCGGCCGCGGCACAACUCCAUGGCCCUCUGGCAAGGAUGUUACCGCGGCUAGCGGCGGUGGUGCUGCUGCUGGUGCGGGUGCGGUGCGGCGCGCGGCUCCCGCCCGUGGAGGUCCAGCCCGAGGCAACGCCCUGCGGCCUGCGGCCCUUGCUCGAGCACCUCGCGGCCGGCGCCAGCGUCGACCUGCACGUGGACGGAGACGCCCCCUGGCUGCGGACUCUGCUCGGCGGCUGGGGCACGCGCACGGCCGUCCUGAGCACGCGCCGCGCGCCGGUGCGCUCCGCGUUCUCGGCGCCCGCCUCCUCCGUCGUACUCGUGGCGUUCGACCGGCCCGGGGACCUGGUGCGCGAGGCGAGGGUGGCCCUGGUGCGGCACGUCCGCACGCACAUCCUGCUGUGGACGCGCGCGGACCAGGAGGACGCGGCGGCCGGCGCCGCCACGGCGCUCAGGCUCGCGGACGAAAACCUGCCCAUGACCACGAACCAGGUGCGCCUGGCCGUCACGGCCAACACCAGCACCGCCCUGUUUGGGGGUGUGUGGGACGUGGACUACCCCAACGUCACGGAAGUAAGCACAUGCUCCGCGUCGACGGGCUGGUCGCGGGAGCCUGGCGCCGCCUUUGAUCAGCCGUGCCUCCAGUGGUGCCCGCCGCCGCCAGACGACCCGCUCGUCGUGUAUAUCGUGCAGAGCCAAGUGAAGAACCCGGGCAGGUUCAUUAGUGCCUGGACACCCGAGCAACGCCCACGCCCACCCCAGAGACCUGCGCAGAGGCCCGGGGGAUCAGAUUCCGGUCCUGGUCCUCGUCCUGGUCCCGGUCGAGAUCCUGACCCUGGUCCAGGACAGGGACCUGGUCCUGCAACCGGCCGAGGUCCCGGUCCUGGUCCCGGUCCUGGUCCCGGCCCUGGUCCCGGUCCUGGCCCCGGUCCUGGCCCCGGACCUGGCCCCGGUCCUGGACCAGGCCGAGGUCCUGGCCCUGGUCCCGGCCGACGUCCCAAUAACCUUCCUAGCGUCCGGCCCCCCUCGCUUCCCUGGGAGGUCCUGGUGGCCGCCUUCGUGAAGGAGUUCCACCGCCGACAGCAUCUCAACUUUUCAUACAAGGCAAAGGUGCUGCCCGUCAAUUCGGAGGGCCUGGCUAUGCGCAGUACGCUGUCCUGCCGUUUGGACCUGGUCCUCUCGGAGGAGCCGCUCAACGCCAGCCUGCACCGCAACCUGGCCGUGUUCCCCUGGGACAUGCACUCCACCGAGGCCGUGGUGCCCCCGGGCCUGGGCACGUCCUCGAGCCCACUCGGCCACCUUAUCAGCGAGCUGUCCCCCGACCUGUGGGCCACCACGAUGCUGGCCGCGGCCGUCGUGGGCCGGGGCCUGCUCUGGCUAGGCGGCCGCGCCCCCAGCACCGUCGCGCUGCAGGUCCUGUCGCCGCUGCUCCUCCAGACCGUGGCGUGGCCGCCACGGGGCCGGCAGCGCCCCUUGUUCGGCGCCUGGCUGCUGGUGAGCCUCGUCGUGUCAGCCGCUUACCAGGGGCAGCUGCUCAGCGACCUGGCCGUCGGAACAAGGCCCAACAUCAACAGCGUGCAGGAACUGGUCGACAGCAACCUGUCCGUCCUGUUCUGGAAGGCCUACGACCUGGACUCGUACCCGCUGGAGGAAUGGGGGCUGGAUUCGAGGGUGGUCCUCGACACCAGCGCGGACACGCGGGUGGCAUCCUAUUGGGCUAGCCGGUAUGCCAACGUGUCUUUCUUCCGAGACCAGGAAGACAAGGGAACGAGCGCGGCCCGGGGCCCCGUCAUGUUCCACACCUUCAGCCUGCCCAUGACCAGGCUCAAGGCCACCUACACCACCAUGGAGGGGUCGCCGUUCGAGAAGCCGCUGAGGAAGUUCCUGGGCCGCUUGCGCGCCGCUGGUCUAACCAUGGAAUCCCUACUAUCUUUGAGAAGCAGGGGGCGACUUAGAGGGGCGAAGUUGCCGGAGGGGCCAAAGCCGCUCUCGCUAAACCAGGUGCAGCCGGCACUCCAACUACUCGGCUUCUGCCUCGCCAUAGCCUUUGUGGUGUUCCUGUUGGAGACGACUGGUGGACUGUGCCCAAGCAACUACGAGCCACCCAGCUGCUAAAAUUACUUUAACUGUGAAAGUUAUUAAAAACUGGUAACAAGGAAAUUGGUUGUUUUGCUUCGCGCUUUAAAAAGAUCGGUUUAAGCUUCUAUGCAUAAGAAACACUUCGGGCGUUACUUGAAACAUUAUUAGAAUCAAUACCCUUCAUUAUUACUGAGGUGACAAUGCAACACAAUUAUUUAAUAAUAAGUCGGCGUUGGAGUUAUGGUGUAGAAGAGUUAUUGUCGUCGGCAUUGGGUGUUGGGAGACGAGCGCAGGUAA